UAGGAGCAGCAUCAUCCAGUGCAGCCAACCGAUUAGUCUGUCACAACAAACAAUAAAUAUCCGUGCAGGUAUUACCUGAGCUCAUUCUGGGCAAGCUCGCUUUUUUGAACGCAGUCUAAAUUCUUCUCUGGAAUGUAUUCAAAGCAAAGCAGUCCAAAGAAACGACCCGAAAAUUCUCCACCUGAAGGAGCAGAUCCAAAGAAUCGCAUUAAAACAAAUCCAGAGCCUGAGACACAUGAAGCGAUUUAUGAAGAAAUAUGGAAGGAAAUUUCGGAAGAACAUCCUCCGCCUUUACCUAAACGAGGUCCGAAGCUUAAACAGCGUUCAAAGACUUUAGACCACAUAGAAAUUCAGCAAGGUUUCAAAACCUUCACCAUUGAGGAUACGAUUAAACCUUCUUCGUUAAAACCUCCACAAUUACCAGAGAGAACCAAGCUACGAAAGCCGCGAUCAAAGACCCUGGAUUCUAUACCAGUCUACACAAACAGCAGUAUGGUGAACCUGCUUUACCCCAAAGCCGAGUCCCCAAGUGCUGAAAACAGCGGUACACGUAAAGGAAUAGUUCUUGAGCCGAUGCAGCCUGUAUUUCCGGGUGAGAGCGCCGCCAUACGACUACUACCCCCAAGGCAUUGGCAGACUUCUGAGGACAGUGUCACUGACGAAACUUUGCUUGAAGAUGAGUAUCAGGCGAUGGCCAGUAUUUUUGAAAGUCUAGACGACACCUUAAAAUCCAAAAUCCAAAGUUGCAGUCAUUCAAAGGAAUCCAUGUAUGAGAAUAUGAGAGAUAUUUUCCAACACAAACCAGGAGGGGUUGUUCAAGAGCAUUUUGGAUCUUUGAACGUCGGUGAAGGUCUAUUAGAUGACGACACAAGUACAGAAUACCUUUCCAUGAAUAUGACAGGUUCCACAGAAGCAGCUGGGACUGGGAAACAUCUAGGUAGCCCUUCUGCGCGAGCUGAUAAAAUAAACGAUCAGCAAAGCUUUUCGUCGUCAGGUCGUUAUACUAGCAAACGUUGCGUGGACAGCAAGCUAGCAGACCAGAAAAAGAAAGAUUUUGCACCGCCAUUGCCACCUAGAGGGCAAAGACCAGCCAGCCUUAGUGAAGCGCCCGUAGGGAGUAGCGCAGCGAGUCCAAAUCUACAUGUAAUGCGUCGCCGCUCGCUAAAUUAUAUCGGUGAAAGACCUAAGGAAUUGGAAUCAUUUAUACAUUACAAAAGAGAAACGAGAAGCCAUCAGUAUUAUGAUUCUGAAAAACGCGGCCAUCCAAUGUUGGUGGAAAGUCUAUCUCUAGGAGAAUACGAGGGUAAAAUGUAUGGGACUGUUGUACGUCCAUUUGGCGUAAAAGCAGACAAGAUAAACGAUGUGUCACAGUUCCUUAUGAUGGACCAUAGAUAUGGAAAUGGAAAUGGAAAGAGCGAACAAAGAUACUCUCUUUCAUCUGACCAUACGAAUCACAGUCUCACAAGAAAACUGUCUCCUUCUAUGAAAGACUGGAGUAUUGAUGACGUCUCCGAGUUCUUGCGAUCCAUUAAACUCGAUAAGUACGUGGAGGUAUUCAGAGAAAACCAAAUAGACGGGAUGCUGCUCUCCGAUAUGGAUGAGACGUUUUUGAAAGACGUUUUCAAAGUAGAGAACAAACUUGCAAUUUUGAAAUUGAAAAAGGCAAUUAAUGAUGGCUGGAUACCAAAAUAUAUAUGUGUGAACAAGUUGUUUUGAUUCGAAUAGCUGGUCUGAACUUGGUCUGACAGACAGCAAAAGGGUCGAGAUUCGGUUUCUCUAAUGAUAAGCAAACAUUUUUAGCUUACAGGGCGGUCGGAACAUGUUUCAAAGACCAAUAUUGCCUGAUAAUGAGGAAUAUCGAAUAGCAUAUUUUUAUAGAGUGACAUAUGUUAUCAACUAACAAAUAAGCAGUUAUUUUCUUUUUAUGCUUGGAUGUAGUUAAAGAACGAUCAAAUUCCAAUUGUAUCAAUUGAUUUAUAUUCAAAAACUGCUCGUUCAUAAUGGACGCUGAUUAAAUGCAUAUUAUCAACUAACAAAGGAACACUUAUUUUACUGAAUAUUUUUUUCUUUUUCUGAAAAGAGCGAUCAAAUGCCAAUUUUAUCGAUUGAUAUAUUGGAAAACUGUUGCAUAUUAAGUAAACGUUGUCUUUUUGGGGUCUGGUACAAAGGAGUCUUAGUUCCUUUUCAGAGACUUUCAUCAUUGACUAAAGAUGGUUACAGUCACUGUUUUUCUCUUCUGAUUACAAGUCAUAAAGUUUACGUUCGGCAACUUAAAGAAUGGCAAGAGUAAUGCAGUUUUUCCAAAUCAGGAAUACAUAAGUUUCCUUAUAUGGAAGUGACUGCGUUUGGAAAAAACGUAGGUUUUCUUUAUAUGAAACAGACGUAAAUUAAAUCGAUUAUAAACAGUAGACAAAGAACAGGACGAACAUACUUGCGAUGCGUGAUUGUUUCUCAUGCCGAUAUGCACCAAGUGAAGUCGGGGGCACUGCGGUGAGACAUGUCAUCAGUUUCACACCGUUGGUCUUUGUCUAUUAAAGGUUUUAUUGUUUUGA